ACAUAUAUUUCAAUGUUGCCUAACUUGAUGUGUCAUGGCCACUGUCAAGUAACAAAUGGUGCCUCCGCCUAUCUGUUUUUUAGUGUAAUAGUGUACAAUAUGAAAAAUAAUGUGUUUAAUGUGUGAGACACAAAUGUAAGGAGUAAAUAUUACCGGAGUCCCCAAGAACAACCACCUUCACUUUCUCAAUCGCCGCCAUUCACAGUUACAAUGACGGAGGAACGACUAGUAACUGAGGUGCCGAGUAGUUUGAAGCAGCUCGCGCGGCUUGUCGUGCGAGGCUUUUACACAAUCGAAGAUGCGUUAAUAGUGGACAUGCUCGUAAGAAAUCCAUGUAUGAAGGAAGACGAUAUCUGUGAGCUUUUAAAGUUCGAGAGAAAGAUGUUGCGGGCGAGAAUAGCCACACUGAAGAACGAUAAAUUUAUUCAAGUCAGAUUAAAAAUGGAAACAGGUCUUGACGGCAAAGCGCAGAAGGUUAACUACUACUUUAUAAAUUACAAGACAUUCGUCAACGUGGUGAAGUACAAAUUGGAUUUGAUGCGCAAACGUAUGGAGACCGAGGAGAGAGACGCCACCAGUCGCGCCAGCUUCAAGUGCCCCGCCUGCGGGAAAACAUUUACUGAUUUAGAAGCGGAUCAACUGUAUGACAUGAUGACGCAAGAAUUUCGAUGCACCUUCUGCAACCAGAUCGUCGAAGAGGACCAGUCGGCGCUACCGAAAAAGGAUUCCAGAUUACUUCUCGCCAAAUUUAACGAACAACUAGAAACACUUUAUAUAUUACUGAGAGAAGUGGAAGGCAUCAAACUGGCGCCUGAAAUAUUGGAACCUGAACCAGUGGAUAUCAACACAAUACGAGGACUGACAAAUAAGCAGCAGCUAAAGCCUGGCGGCGAGCAAUGGUCUGGAGAGGCGACUCGCAACCAAGGGAUGCUGGUGGAGGAGACUCGUGUCGACGUCACAAUCGGCGAGUCGGAUGCGGCGGCGGACGCCAACGCGCUGCGCAAGGAGCGCCCCGUCUGGAUGGUGGAGAGCACCAUCGCCACCGACCAGGGCGACAGUGUGCAUUCGUCAGACAUGGCACUUGAGAAAGCCGCUAGCAACGCAAGCAACUCUAAAGGCACUGGAAAGGAGAAGAACGACGAUAUUAUGUCUGUCCUGCUCGCACACGAGAAACAAAAUACAUCAGGAAACAACGUGUCUAACGCAGUGAAAGGUAUAGAACCUGACAGCUCCGACUCCAGUGACAACGAAUCCAAAGAUCCGUACAAGCUUAAAGACGAACUCGCAGCUGUUGCUGAGAUGGAGAGCGAAGAUUCAGAAUCUGAGGACAACGCUCCAACGGUGAUAGUGAACGGUAAAGCGGUACCGCUGACUAGCGUCGACGAUGACGUAAUCGCCAAGAUGUCGCCCGCAGAGAAGGAGACGUACAUACAGAUAUACCAAGAAUAUUACAGCCACAUAUACGAUUAGAUUAUAAGGACAAUGUAACCCAUACGGUGUAAUAAAACAUCUCCAUAU